ACGGCCGCCUUCCGGCCCGCAGCGCAGACCUGUAAAACCGGCCGCGGCGGUGAGCCGGGCGCGGGGCGCUGGGGGACGGAAGGCGUCCGGUUGGAGCCGGGCCUCGAGUGUCCCCGCGGCGUGCGGGGCCGAGCAGCCGCGUCUGGCGAGACGGCCGGGCCCGCCCCGCCGCUGCCCCGUCAGUGCAGCCACACGGGCCUGUGUGGAGCGCUCAGCUGAGCAAUUUCCGUGUUCCGUGAUAGCGCUUGCUGAAAACACUGCCGGAAGAACGUCUUUUAAAAGCGUUCGUUUCGGGGUCGUGAACAUACAUUUCCUGAGCAACUCCAGUCCAAGCACUGAUGACCCUGUUGAAGAUGCAGAUAAAAGCAUAACCUCAGGAGAUACAGUUCUUGGUGUCCUAAGGACUGUGGAGAAGCUUCGCAUCUCAUGAGAUUCUACAGUAUACUUUGCAGUUCAUUCCAGCUUUUGAGAGAUUAUCUUUUAUUUCAGAAUCUGUCAGGACCUGCAGCAAAACAACUCCACAAAAAGAGGCACCUAGAGAACAAAGAUGAAUAUCGGAAAAGCUUACAGUGCUACUAACACCAGCAAUGGAACAGAUCUAACUAUUGGCUUUACUUCUUCUGCAGUAGCUGUCCUUCUGUUUGGGACAAAUUUUGUCCCUGUUAAGAAGUUUGAUACUGGUGAUGGCAUGUUCUUCCAAUGGAUUCUCUGUGCCUCCAUAUGGAUGGUUUCUUUGGUGGUCAAUUUGAUCCAGAAUUGUCCCCGGUUUUGGCCUCUGGCUAUGGUUGGAGGUUUUGUGUGGGCUACAGGCAAUAUUACAGUUGUUCCUAUUGUUAAAACUAUUGGCUUAGCUCUUGGCCUUUUGAUAUGGGCUUCUUUUAAUUUGCUGACAGGUUGGGCAAGUUCAAGGUUUGGUUGGUUUGGAAUUGACCCAGAAGAGGUAUCAAGACCGAUCUUAAAUUAUAUUGGAGCUGGACUUUCACUGUUAAGUGCUGUCAUAUUUCUUUUUAUAAAAACUGAAGUCCAGAGUUCUUCAGCUUCAUUAGAAAGCACACCUUUACUGAGAGAAAGUUCUAUUAAUGUUUCUGAAGAUACCUCUGAUGACUCGUGGGUGAACAGACUUUCGCCAGCAAAAAAGAGACUCAUAGGCUGUAGCCUGGCUGUAGUAGCUGGAAUACUGUACGGUUCCAGUUUUGUACCAGUACUUUACAUCAAGGACCAUGGAAGAAGAAAUGAAACUAUAUACACAGGAGCAAGUCAGUUUGAUUUAGAUUAUGUUUUUGCACACUUCAGUGGAAUAUUUCUUACUAGUACCAUCUACUUUUUGAUCUACUGUGCAGUCAGGAAAAAUAAACCUAAUGUUUAUCCCCAAGCCAUAUUGCCAGGGUUUCUUUCUGGUGUGCUUUGGGCGAUAGCCAAUUGCUGCUGGUUCAUAGCCAAUCACUAUCUCAGUGCUGUCGUCAGCUUUCCAAUAAUUACUGCAGGGCCUGGCCUGGUUGCUGCAAUGUGGGGAGUCCUUGUAUUUAAGGAAAUCAAGGGACUGAAAAACUUCGUGUUACUGUCAAUAUCGUUUUGCAUCAUUUUGGCUGGAUCACUUUCCACAGCUUUUUCUAAAGUUUGAAAGGACCUUCUGGACCAGUAGAUGGUGCUAAUGUUUAACACAGAUAGAAAGACAAUGUUGGUAGAUUGCAAUACAUAAUAAUUUUCAACACGUAUGUCCAACAUUUACCCUAACUUGCUUCAGGCGAGUGAAGAUUAAAACCAUUUGGUAUGAAAGAAAAUGUGGAAAUGUUUGUUUCUUCAUUUCUUGGAAUAGUAAGAAUAUCAGAAGAUUUUAUUAAAUAAAGCUAAAUGAUUUUAUAAUUACAAA